UGUCCCCAGGGAGCAGGGCUCUGACCUCGAGAUGGUGGCUAACCUGCUUUUCUUCUUCACAGGCCUCCUCACUGGAGAGGCAGGGCCCUCGCGUGGCCUCUUGCCUCUCUCGCGGUCUGUGCCCCACUGAGCCUGGCUUGCAGACAACAGCAGUGGUGUCCAUGGGCUCUGAAGACCAUCAGUUCAGCCUCACAGAGAUCCUCUCACAGAGCUACAGCCUCCGGGAGGAGUGUGAGGAGGCCACGAGGGUCCCCGAGAAGCCGGAAGAGGAGCUGGAGAAGGACCUCGUCUCCCGGAGUGGCGACAUGCCCCUUGAGGAGCUGCUGGCCCUCUAUGGCUAUGAGGCGUCCGACCCCAUCUCGGAGCGCGAGAGCGAGGGCAGCGAUGCCACAGCCCCCCUCCCGGACAUGACCCUGGACAAGGAACAAAUAGCGAAGGAUUUGCUUUCAGGGGAAGAAGAGGAAGAAACACAGUCCUCGGCCGAUGACCUCACCCCAUCCGUGACCUCCCACGAGGCCUCCGACCUUUUCCCUGAUCAGAGUGGAUCCCGCUUCCUGGCUGAUGCGGACAAGGAGCCUGGCUCCUCCACCUCAUCAGACACCGAGGAGGACCCACUUCCCGCCAACAAGUGUAAGAAGGAGAUCAUGGUUGGGCCUCAGUUCCAAGCUGACCUCAGCAACCUGCACUUGAACCGCCCCGGUGAGAAGAUCUAUGAGAACGAGGACCAGCUGCUCUGGGACCCCAACGUCCUUCCUGAGAGGGAGGUGGAGGAGUUCCUGUACCGGGCGGUAAAGCGGCGGUGGCACGAGGUUGCCGGGUCUCAGCUCCCAGAGGGAGAGACGGUGAAGGACAGUGAGCAGGCGCUGUACGAGCUGGUGAAGUGCAACUUCAACGCAGAGGAGGCCUUGCGGCGCCUGCGGUUCAACGUGAAGGUGAUCCGAGACGGGCUCUGUGCCUGGAGCGAGGAGGAGAGCCGCAACUUUGAGCAUGGCUUCCGCGUGCAUGGGAAGAACUUCCACCUGAUCCAGGCCAACAAGGUGCGCACGCGGUCCGUGGGCGAGUGUGUGGAGUACUACUACCUGUGGAAGAAGUCGGAGCGCUACGACUACUUCUCCCAGCAGACGCGGCUGGGCCGGAGGAAGUGGCCCUUGGGAACCACGGACGUGGACCAAGAUUUGGACGGUGCUGACCCCGAUGGCCCUGGCCGCCCCCGCUCCUCGCCCCCGCUGCCCGCUGCUGCCGACAGCCUGGGCCCUGAGCAGGACCCGCUGGCCCGGAUGCACGCAGGGCCGCCGAGUGUGGGCAGCACGUCCGACAGUCCUGGCGAGCCUAGGGAGGUCCUUCCAUCCUUGGAGCCUGGGCCCCGCUCCAUCCAGCAGCUGGAUACGCCCCCGCCUAUGCCCUUGCCUCGGCGGCCCCCAGCCCUGGCUGAGCCAGCCUUCUACCCUACUGCCACAGCCACUCCGGAGCCUGGUGCCAGCCCCAGGCUGGCUGUGGACUUGGCCCUGCCUGGGGCCCUUCCCGAGGAGCUGCCCCUCAUCUCCAGCCAUGUGGACAUGGACGAAGAGCCCGAGGAGGCCGUGGCCCCUGCACAGGUGGCCUUGUCGGUCACUGAGUUUGGACUCAUCGGCAUCGGGGACGUGAAUCCCUUCCUGGCUGCCCACCCAGCAUGUCCGGCCCCUGGGCUGCACUCGGAGCCCCUGUCACACUGUAACGUGAUGACCUGUUGAUCCCUGGCCACAGGCGGGCGCGUGUGGCCCACACUGGACUUGGGGCUGCCACAAGGCCUGCCUCCGUCAGUCUUCCCAACCCUCCCCUCCUCGUGGGCCUUGAGCAGUGCCUCCUCUGCUCAGAACACUUCAAGGACUGGGGUGAGCGGUGGCCCCUUCCUCCCCACACGCAUGGCACUGCUCAGCUCCAGGUGGCUGUGCCCACCAAGGGACCCAUCGGAUGGCUGGGCACAGCGGGCUGCCCAGGGAGAUGCAGAGAGCGGGCAGGACGCCGCCCCCACCAGCAGCCUCCGCCGGGGCACCCGUUGCACUCUGCUCACCCGACUCCCUGCACCUGGCCGGACUGCGGGAUGCCCCAGCCCAGGGUCAGGGGCAGCUGCUACUCGGUGCCAAACCCCGUGGGGCACAGAGCCAUAUACCUCGACGUCAGCCUGCCCCGCCCUCCACCUCUGCCCGCUCUCUCCACUUCAGGAAACGCCGCACUUUAUGCCCCAUCCUCCCUUUCUCCACCUGGGGCCCCUGGCAGCCUCAGGCGUGGGUCUGAGGAGACGGGACUCACACCCCCUGGCAACCAGGGCCCUGUUGCCUGCAGCACCAGGGGGCGGCUCCAGCCCGGUCCCCUGACCCCGCAGGUCCUGUUUCUGUUGAGGCUCCCAUGAGACAGCCUGGGGUCCUGGUCCUCCUCCCUCAUUUUAUUUAUGUUUCUGUUUACAAAUUGGAGUGGGGUCCUCCGGGGGCAGGGCAGUGCUCCAGGCCCUGGUGUCACCACAAGAGGACGUGGCUCGAGCCCGUCUGCAGGCCGGACUUAACCACACCUCUCUCCCACAAGGACCACACUGUGAAGUGAUGACUGCCUUGACCCCGUGCUGUUUUAUUUAUUAAACUUGAUUUGAAGCCCUUG